GCAUCCCUCCCGGCUCCGACCUGCCGCCGUGCCUGCUGCACUGCGCGGCAUGUCAGACCUGACCCGGACUGGGUAGGGGGCGCGUCCCGCUGCUAGGGUCCCAAGGGGGAGGGGAGCGGAGAGGAGGCGGAUGAUGUCAUGGAUGCUUCGCCCGGCCUGGGGGGAGGUGGCGGCCAGAGGGGGUGCGGCUCGGAUUAUGUCACCUCUUCCCUCUGCGCCCCGCCCCCCGGGGCCACACGCGUUGGUGGGGAGCCUGGGGAGGUGCGGGCGGGGUUUCCCCCAUCGCAGGGACUCCCAGGUCCUGUGGCCUGUGGCUGGGGUCUCUAUCAGUUGGCUCUGCGGGCCGUGGGCUGCUGGUGAAUGGCGACCCCCCCUCCCACCCCCAGCAGAAGCUCGUGUGUUCGCGCGUGUGUGCGCUCGGGGUGGAGGGGGCGCUCUCGGCCCCCUCAGUCCUGAAACACUGGCUUCAUCAGAGCCAGUAGCUAGGUGAUGGGCCCAUUCCGCCGCCAGUGCUUAGGCCACCGAGGGAGGACGGAUCUCCCCUCACUCAUCCCAACCAAGAAGUUCUGGAUAUCUCUGCACCCCAAAAGCCCUGCAGUGCCCCCAGAUCCCUUUCCUCCCUCAGUCCUGCUUCCUGGAAACCCCUCCCGCUCUCCCUGCCCGGAUUCACUGCCUCUUUACAUUGCCCAUAACUAACAUUCCCACAGGCAUUUGCCCUGCAUUUCCUUGGUGCAGGGCCCAGAGACCCCCAGGAUUCUGCGGUCUGUGCCCCUGGGAAACCUAUAGGCCAGCCCUGGGGAGGCCUCAGAGUGAAAUCUCCCUGGGGUGUCCUCAGCCAAGUGCUCCAAGAUGCCCCCUCUGGGGGGUGGAGAUCAGGGAUGCUGUCCUGAGGCCAGCCUUUGAACUGGUCUAGAAGCAUGUAGGAUGGGCACAGAGAGCUGGCAAGAGCUUGUGUGUGAAGUAGAGAGGGGCUCAGGUCAGGGUAGAUAGAGGAGGGGCAUCAGGAGAGUCCUUGGGGACCCUGCUGCAAGCUCUGCUCUGGUUCUGGGGACCAAGAGGAAUACCAGGCGUUUCACCCAUCAUACAUUUACUUCUUAAAAUGCCUGCAAUGUAGGUGUGAGAACCCGAGGUGAAAUAACCUGCAUGAGGUUGCACCCCUAAUCAGUCGAGCUGGGAUUUACACUUGGAGCUGAUGCUGCCAGAACUCUGUCUACUGCACUUGGCUUGCUCAUGGAAGGAUUUGGACAGAGCAGGGGCAAGAUCAGCUUUGCCCUUUGGAAGGAGUCCCCUGGCAGCUGCCUGGGGGAGGGAGUGCAGGAGAAGAAAGUCCAUUGAGGAGCCCCCAGCAGGGGUGCUGGAUGGAGGGGCUGGCUAGAGAUUUUUAGGAGAUAGAAUGGGCUGGGGUUGGGGCCUCUGAGACCCCAAGUGUUCCUAGCUUUGGGAGAGACACAGGUUGAGGGGUGGGUUGGAGGUACCUGUACGUAUAACUGUCAGGUAGAGUCCGUUUGGCCCCCUCAUGACACUAAUACUGUGUAUAAUGCCCCAGGCACUGAGGGCUGAGGUGACAGAGAUCGAGGCAGUCAGGCAACAGGCUGUCAUCUCAGGGUGGUGCACUGAUGCCAGGAGGCUGCCUUUGCAGACCAUGCUCAGUUACCUGGACUAGUUCAGGACCCUGACCUUUCCUCUCAGUUCAGUUCCUGCUUAUCAGGGAAACAUCCCCUUCCUUGUCCUGCUGGUGUCCUGCUGGGAUUUUUUUUUUUUUUUGAGGGGGUAUCUCACUGUGUUGCCCAGGCUGCUGGAGUGCAGUGGCGCAAUAUCACUGCAACCUCCCCCUCCUGGGUUCAAGCGAUUCUCAUGCCUCAGCCUCCCGAGUAGCUGGGAUUACAGACGCGCACCGCGACGCCCGGCUAUCUGCUGGGAUUUUGUGGAAAGAAGCUGCAGCAGCCAAAGCUUGGGAGAGACAAGGGGCAGGGCAUGCUUGCAAGGGGUUAACCAUGACAGGUUACAAUUACGACAAGAAGCUCUUUAGGCAGUGAGGCUCCAGAGAGAGCUUCUGUGGGUUGAUAGUCAAGCAUUCCCCAGGUAGAGCACGGAGAAAGGAGGCUCAGGACAAUGGUCCUGGGACCUUGUUUCCAUCCACGACUCAAGGCAUCUGAGACUUGCUAGGGACUACACACACUCUAGAGAAACAGUAGGGCAGAGUGGCCUAUGACCAGCCCCAACCUAUGCUCAGGUUGUCCUUUCCCGGAUCUCAGAGAAGGUGUACUACAUGUUUGUAUUGCCCCUUAUAGUUUACAAAGCACCUUCCCAAACAUUAUACCCUGUCACUCAAGGUCAACAUGAUCACUGUUGAGGUUUAUUCCUGCCCAGAUCCAGGUAUCUGGUGCAGUCACCUUGCUAUCCCCUUGCCUAGAUCUUUCAUCUCACUAUUGGCAACUUCCCUCAGCAUAUUAACACACAGGUUUCUACCAUGGUUAAUUUUAAAAUUAAAAAAUCCCUUGAAUCUCAAACCUCCUUAAAUAACUGUCUUCUCUUUUAGCAGGAACUCUGCCAUGUCUUUCUCUGCACUCCUCUAGCCUUGUGGACUGCCUUUGUUUUGUACCACUUUUUUUGUUCUGUUUUGUUUAUUUGUUUGAGAGGGAGUCUUGCUCUGUCACCUAUGCUGGAGUGCAGUGGUGCGAUCUUGGCUCACUGCAACCUCCACCUCCUGGGUUCAAGCCGUUCUCCCGCCUCAGCCUCCUGAGUAGCUGGGAUUACAGGCAUGCACCACCACACCCAGCUAAUUUUUUUGUAUUUUUAGUAGAGGCAGGGUUUCGCCCUGUUGGUCAGGCUGGUCUCGAACUCCUGACCUUAGGGGAUCCACCUGUCUUGGACCUCCCUAAGUGCUAGGAUUACAAGCGUAAGCCACCGCGCCGACCUGUUUUUUGUUUUUUUUUUUUUUUUUUUUUUUGAUGUAGUCUCGCUCUGUCUUCCAGGCUGGAGUGCAGUGGCAUGAUCUCGGCUUACUGCAACUUCUGCCUCCGGGUUCCAGUGAUUCUCCCACCUCAGCCUCCUGAGUAGCGGGAUUACAGGCCCGCACCACCACACCCAGCUAAUUUUUUGUAUUUUUAGUAGAGACGGGGUUUCACCACGUUGGCCAGGCUAGUCUCGAACUCCUGACCUCAAGUGAUUUGCCUGCCUUGGCCUCCCAAAGUGCUGGCAUUACAGGUGUGAGCCACCGCAUCCGGCACUUGUACCACUUUUCUGAAACCAUUCUGACAUAGACAUUGGUGAUGUCUCGAGACCAGCUCCUAAAUCCGCAGCACACUCUCCAACCCCAAUGUUACCUGGCCCUGUUAUUUUUAACACUGGAAACUGUCCCCACAUUCUUGAAUCCCCCCAAUCUUGGCCUUCAGGGCCCACCUUCUCCUGGCCUUCUUCCUGCUCCCAGAAUGCCUUCCAGACUUCUGGGGCUUUGCUCCCUGGCUCAAUGCUGGCCUAUACCCCCAGCACCCUUGAAAACUGAUGAUCUCAAUCUCUCUCCAUCUAGUGCUUUUUUUUUUUUUUUUUUUUUUUUUUUUUUUGAGGAAAGAGUCUCGCUCUGUCACCCAGGCUGGAGUGCAGUGGUGCAAUCACAGCUCACUGCAACCUCUGCCUCCCGGGUUCAAGGGGGUUCUCGUGCCUCAGCCUCCCAAGUACCUGGGAUUACAGGAAUGCAUAUCACACCCAGCUAAUUUUUGUAUUUUUAGUAGAGAUGGGGUUCCACCAAUUUGGCCAGGAUGGUCUUGAACUCUUGGCCUCAAGUAAUCUGCCCACCUUGACCUCCCAAAGUGCUGGGAUUACAGGCAUGAGCCACCUUGCUUGGCCUCCAUUUAGUGCUUGAGAGGUAUCUUCCUCUGGUGUUUCCCAAAGCAACUAUUUUCCCCAAGCAGUCUCCCCCUAUCAUGUUAACAGUGUCACACCCAACCUGGUGCCCAGUCCAGCAUUAUCCCUUGUCCCCACCACCUGACCUCAUCUGUAUGAAAUUUUGCCAGUUCUUUCCCAAACCCUGCCCAGGCCUUCCUACUGGUUCCAAGCCUCAGGCCUUUCAGGCUUCAUCCUCCCAGUCCCCAGCUGCUCCCCACAUUGCACCCAGAGAUGGCAAGAGAAGGGUCCAUGCUUAAGGUAGGAGGGGGUUGCAGGGCUGAGGCAUAGGGGGCUGGAGUAUGCUGGGGAGUAGAGGCAGAGCAGGGACUAGAGUGAGGCCAGAGAGGGACCCAAGGCACAAAGGGAAGGAGGCUGUCACCCUCAGGGCUGUGUACUUGUUGUUUGUGCCCUUCAUUUGUGCCCUACAUGGCUCUCUGUCCUCAUCCUAGUCCUGGCCCUUGCUUAUGGGGACAGACGGGUCCAAGGGAGGAGGGUGGCGAAGUGCUCUUCUCCACACCUGUGGGGACAGAUGCUGAGAAUGGAAUUCUGCAGAGACAGUGGACAGGCUUGGUAGUGAACUCUCCAACAACCUAGAGCUCUCAUUCCCGGUGUGGGGGCCAGAAGACUCCCGAAGGACAACAGUUUUGUCAGGUUCCCUUGGUCUGGGCCAGGGACUCAGCAUUAGAACUGGGCAUCUGGGUAGAAGACGGUCUGUGGGGCCAUAGGGUGCCACGUGGGCCCCUUAACUUGAUAUGGAAGGAGGGCUCCCUGCCUGGUUUAUGCAGGGUGUAGUGGGAAAAGGCCUGAAGGGCGCCCUCUCCCAUUUCCCACACACUUAUUUGAGGGUCUAACCCGAGGCAGACACUGCCUGGUGCUCCUGCCCGGCUGCAUUAUGCAGAUCUCUGGGGCAGGUGUUCCCAGGUGCGAACUUGAGACAAAGGAACGAGGAAGCACGGCCUCCCUGAGCACAGGUAACCCGAGGCCUGGCUCCCCCUGCGCUUGUGGGCCGGCCUUGGGGGAGGGGGACGCGCACCCACAGAAGGGCUCAGAGGGCUUCACGGUAAGCUGAGCAGGGUCAAGGUCCACAGGGAGCGGGAGAGGGUAGUAAUCCAGGAAGUCUUCCUGGUGGCAGUGAAUUCUUUGCGGGGUUCGGCAGGCGCAGGAUCCUUGGGGCCGCUGCAGGGUGCGCGGCCCCUCCCCUCCCCUCCCCCCUCCCACCUGUGGGAAACGCAGGCCCUGAGAGAGGCUCCGUCAGCGCCAGCAGCUGGCGCCACUGCGUCCCCUGCCCCGGCCUCAGCCAGCCCUGGGACCUCUGCGGAGGACUGAUCCCGGGAAGGGGGCCCUGGGAAGACGGGCCCCGGUGCGGCCGAGCUGGGAAGACCUUGGGGAGGGCAGGCCUGCCACCUACUGCAGCCGCGGCCCCCGUCCAUCCGCGAGGGACAGGGUGUGCCCUUGGCGGCGCCCACCCGCGACCCAGAUAGGAGAAAACUGCAGUCCGGGAUGGCUCAGUCGGCCCCUCCAAAGUCGCGCAGCUGGUUCGGGCCGAGCCCCGACUGCGGGAGUGAGGCACAUGGCCCCUGCAGACCAGGCCUCGGAGGGUCCCAGGCUUGAGGACCCGUCGGCCCCUCAACCCCUUGGAAAGUGCCCCCCUGGCUUAGUCAUGGCGAAGCUGGAGACGCUGCCUGUGCGCGCUGACCCAGGGCGGGAUCCUCUCCUGGCCUUUGCUCCACGGCCCUCCGAGCUUGGACCCCCGGACCCCCGCCUGGCCAUGGGCAGCGUGGGCAGUGGGGUGGCCCAUGCCCAGGAGUUUGCAAUGAAAAGCGUGGGUACCCGCACAGGGGGUGGGGGCAGCCAGGGCAGUUUCCCUGGCCCCCGAGGCAGUGGCAGUGGGGCCAGCAGGGAGAGACCGGGCCGCUACCCCUCAGAGGACAAGGGUCUUGCCAACUCCCUCUACCUCAAUGGUGAGCUGCGGGGCAGUGACCACACCGAUGUCUGUGGCAACGUGGUUGGCAGCAGCGGAGGCAGCAGCAGCAGUGGUGGCAGUGACAAAGCCCCACCGCAGUAUCGUGAGCCCAGCCACCCACCCAAGCUCCUGGCCACCUCUGGCAAGCUAGACCAGUGCUCAGAACCACUAGUUCGGCCGUCGGCCUUCAAGCCUGUCGUACCCAAGAAUUUCCACUCCAUGCAGAAUUUGUGCCCCCCGCAGACCAAUGGGACUCCUGAGGGACGGCAGGGCCCUGGUGGCCUCAAAGGCGGACUGGACAAGUCUCGGACCAUGACUCCAGCGGGUGGGAGUGGGAGUGGCCUCUCAGACUCAGGCCGGAACUCCCUCACAAGCCUGCCCACCUACAGCUCCAGCUACAGCCAGCACCUGGCACCCCUCAGUGCCUCCACCAGCCACAUUAACCGCAUUGGCACUGCCAGCUAUGGUAGUGGUAGUGGCGGCAGCAGCGGCGGGGGGUCGGGCUACCAGGACCUGGGGACCUCCGAUAGUGGACGGGCCUCCAGCAAGAGUGGGUCGUCGUCAUCCAUGGGGCGGCCGGGCCACCUGGGCUCUGGGGAGGGCGGAGGUGGAGGCCUGCCUUUCGCGGCCUGCUCACCGCCCUCCCCCAGUGCACUCAUCCAGGAGCUGGAGGAGCGGCUGUGGGAGAAGGAGCAGGAGGUGGCAGCUCUGCGGCGCAGCCUGGAGCAGAGCGAGGCGGCUGUGGCCCAGGUACUGGAGGAGCGGCAGAAGGCGUGGGAGCGGGAGCUGGCCGAGCUGCGGCAGGGCUGCAGCGGGAAGCUACAGCAGGUGGCCCGACGUGCCCAGCGCGCCCAGCAGGGCCUACAGCUGCAGGUGCUGCGGCUGCAGCAGGACAAGAAGCAGCUGCAGGAGGAGGCGGCCCGGCUGAUGCGGCAGCGGGAAGAGCUGGAGGACAAGGUGGCCGCCUGCCAGAAGGAGCAGGCCGACUUCCUGCCCCGGAUAGAGGAAACUAAGUGGGAGGUGUGCCAGAAGGCUGGCGAGAUCUCCCUCCUGAAGCAGCAGCUGAAGGACUCGCAGGCGGAUGUGUCGCAGAAGUUGAGUGAGAUCGUGGGACUGCGCUCGCAGCUGCGGGAGGGCCGGGCUUCGCUGCGGGAGAAGGAGGAGCAGCUGCUCAGCCUGCGGGACUCCUUCAGCAGCAAGCAGGCCAGCCUGGAGCUGGGCGAAGGCGAGCUGCCUGCCGCCUGCCUCAAGCCGGCGCUGACCCCCGUGGACCCGGCCGAGCCACAGGAUGCUCUGGCCACCUGCGAGAGCGACGAGGCUAAGAUGCGCCGUCAGGCCGGGGUGGCCGCUGCCGCCUCCUUGGUUUCCGUGGACGGGGAGGCGGAGGCUGGCGGGGAGAGCGGGACGCGGGCCCUGCGGCGGGAGGUGGGGCGGCUGCAGGCCGAGCUGGCGGCUGAGCGGCGGGCCCGGGAGCGCCAGGGUGCCAGCUUCGCCGAGGAGCGCCGCGUGUGGCUGGAGGAGAAGGAGAAGGUGAUCGAGUACCAGAAGCAGCUGCAGCUGAGCUACGUGGAGAUGUACCAGCGCAACCAGCAGCUGGAGCGCAGGCUGCGGGAGCGCGGGGCCGCAGGGGGUGCAAGCACGCCCACUCCCCAGCAUGGCGAGGAGAAGAAGGCCUGGACCCCCUCCCGCCUCGAGCGCAUUGAGUCCACAGAAAUCUGAUCGACCUGGGCACUCGGCAUUUUGACACAUGUCCUGUCAAAAGGCCAGAGUCCCCAGUGUCCCCUCCCCUCCAUCUCUGUUCCCCAUAGACCCCAUAACCCCAGACCAAAGAGGUUCUCUAAGCAGCUGUGACCAGGUUCCUCCCUCCCCACCUGCCCUCCUAGCUCCAGCACUGCCCCCGUGGCAGCCCACUUGGAACCCCCUAAAAGGAGGGAAUAGGAGGAGGGCAGGGUGAGUGGGGGCAGUCCUAGGUGGUGGGGGAGUCAUGCUCCCUUUCUUGGCACCCCCUUGUUGGAGAUGGAGGCAGCAGACGUGCAGUGCCAUAAGGUGCCCCAGUCCUUCUGGAGGCCUGGGCUGCUACUGUUGGCCACCCUGUGUCUAGUGAUGCUCUCUGUGCUCACCUCCUAGGCCAUGGAGCCUGAGGGGGCCUGCACCGGGUUUGCUGAAACUGACAGAGCCUGGGCUCCAGACCUCUCUCCCUCCUACAGUGCUCUCCCUCCCUGGGCAGAUUGGCAGGACAAGUGGGAGCAGAUGGCCUGCCUUUGGCUGAGAGGGCUACCUGCCCAGCCCCUCCCCCAACAAGAUCUCUUGGGCUCAGGCCUCAGAGCCUGGCCUGGUUGUGAGUGUGUGUCCCUGUGUGUGUGUUGCGGGAGGGGAGGACUGGGGCUGGAAGUCCAGCACCCAGGGAAGAUCUGUCCUCCUGUUCUUGGGAAGCGUUGCCUGACGGCUUCUCGGCUCUACCCUCACCCUUCUGGCCAGGAUCCCGCAGGGCAACAGCCCCCUCUGCUUGGCUGACCCCACACCCAGGGCCACUGUCUGGCUCUAACACAGCUAUUAAGUGCUACCUGCCUCUCAGGCACUCUCCUCGCCCAGUUUCUGAGGUCAGACGAGUGUCUGCGAUGUCUUCCCGUGCUCUAUUCCCCCAGCCUCUUUCCGCUUUCAUGCUCAGCACAUCAUCUUCCUAGGCAGUCUCUUCCCCAAAGUCUCACCUUUUCUUCCAAUAGAAAAUUCCGCUUGACCUUUGGUGCACUGCCCACUUCCUAGCUCCACUGGCCCAAGUCUGAGCCGGAGGCCCUUGUUUUGGGGGCGGGGGGAGAGUUGGAUGUGAUUGCCCUUGAAGAACAAGGCUGACCUGAGAGGUUCCUGGUGCCCUGAGGUGGCUCAGCAUCUGCCCAGGGUAGGCCUGGCAUGAGGGGUUAGGUCAGCCAAUGUCAGCUACUUCUCUUGGGGCCCUCUCAGAGUCUAUCUCCCCAAGACAGGAAGGGAAAAGCAAAUUUCUAAUUCACCAGCAAUAAAAAUUGGAGGAGGCUUGGCCCUCAGCCCUUGUAUUUCUCUCUUUUUCACUCUCUCUUCCUCCCACCCCCAAGACUGAGUUUUGGGGGGCAAGGUGGAGAGAGCUGGCAACUACUGUGAGCAAGUCCCCUAGCCCCUGACCAGCCUCCUCCCAUGACUGGUGACUGUUUAAUGAGCUGUGCAUCCCCCACAAAAACAUGAGUGCCCCUCUGUGUGGCCUCUAACCCUCUGCACAGCCCUUCUGGGUGGUCCUCACCAGGUCUCUGAGCUGGGUGGGAGGCCAUCCUGGCAACCACUGCCCAUUCCAUUCACCCCUCACUGUACCUGCCCUAGAACCUGGGCCUAGUCCACAGGGGCAGGGAGAAGAGAAGGCAUUAGUAAGAAAAAAAUAGAAAAAAAUGUGAACAGACUCAGCUUUGGGACGUCCAACCACAAAAGAAAUUAUAUAUAAAUAUAUAUAAAUAUAUAUCUCUACCAUAUGUGAUGGAAAGACUUUUUGUUUUCCUUUCCCAAAGAAAUAAAAUGGAAAAAGCCUCUUAA